UCCCCUCCCUCGGGCAGGUGCUCCCUGCCUGCGCUGGGGGGUUCUGGGCAGGAGGGGGUUAAGGAGCUGUGCAUGAUAACAGCCCUUUUGUCAUUGAAUGAGGGGAAGGAAAAGGCUGCCUGCCUGGGAGAUAAUCAGUCACUUUCAGCACCGGGAAGCAAGCGAAGGGAAGCGAAGGGAAGGGAAGGGAGCUCCCAGCGGCUGGAGCCCAGGGCAGUGGGGGGACGGGGCGCGGAGGGGCAGCGGGCGCGGGCAGACUCGGAAUUCCGGCCAUGGUCACGGGGUGGCCCGCCGGGAUCUAGGGGGCUGGAGCAGGAGAGCCGGGGGGCUGCACCUCGGGGGGCAGCGAUGCGCCAGUGACGCCAUGCGGUGGGCGCUGGUGGUGCUGUGCGGGGUCCUGUGCCAGUUGGGCGGGUCGCGGGGCCAAGGGGCCAACCUGACGCUGGCCGUGCUGCUGCCGAAGCAAAACAUGACCUACCCGUGGGCCUGGCCCCGCGUGGGCCCUGCCAUCUGGCUGGCCAUCGACCGGAUCAACCGGCAGCCGGACCUACUGCCGGGCCACACGGUGCGCUGGGUGUUCGGGAACAGCGAGGACAAGCACGGCGUCUGCUCCGACCAGGACGCCCCCGUGGCCGCCGUGGACCUCAAGCUGACCGACAACCCCGACGCCUUCAUCGGCCCCGGCUGCGUCUACAGCUCGGCGCCCGUGGCCCGCCUGACCAGCCACUGGAAGCUGCCGCUGGUGACGGCCGGGGCCGAGGCCCACGGCUUCGACAACAAGGACAUGUUCUCCCUGACCACGCGGGCCGGGCCCAGCCACCGCAAGCUGGGUGAGUACGUCGUGGGGCUCCAGCGCCACUUCAACUGGACCCACCGCGCCGUGCUGGUCUACUCGGACGAGAAGAUGGACGACCGGCCCUGCUUCUUCGCCAUCGAGGGGCUGUACAUGCAGCUGCCCACCGUCCACAACCUCACCGUGAUGGACAUCUCCUUCAAGGACCGAGACCAGGCCAACUACACCUCCCUAAUCCAGGAUAUCAAGCAGAAGGGCAGAAUCGUGUACAUUUGCUGCCCCCCGGACACCUUCCGCCAGCUCAUGCUGCAGGCCCGGCGCGAGGGGCUCACGCAGGGGGACUUCGCCUUCUUCUACAUUGACAUCUUCGGGGCCAGCCUGCAGGGCUCCCGCUUCCCCGACCCCCAGAGGCCCUGGAGACGCGGGGACAAGGAUGACGCCAACGCCAGGGAGGCCUUUAAGGCAGUGAUGAUCAUCACCUGCAAGGAGCCCGAGAACCCCGAGUAUCAGCCCUUCCUGGAGCAGCUCAAGCACGGGGCCCGCACCCACUUCAACUUCACCCUGCAGGACGGUCUGAUGAACUACAUCGCGGCGGCCUUCCACGACGGGGUGCUGCUAUACGCCCGGGCCGUGAACGAGACCCUCCAGCAGGGCGGCACCAUCCGGAACGCCAGCGCCAUCACCCGCCACAUGUGGAACCGCACCUUCUACGGAGUCACCGGCUUCCUGAAGAUUGAUGAGAACGGAGACCGGGAGAGCGACUAUUCACUGUGGGAUAUGGACCCCAUGUCGGGCACGUUCCAGAUAGUCUACAUCUACAAUGGCACCACCAAGAAGAUGAGCGCGGUGCCCGGGCGUGAAAUCCACUGGCCGGGGAAAGGCGUGCCCAGGGACGUCCCGCCCUGCGGCUUCGACAACAGCAACCCCCUGUGCCGCAAAGCCAGUUUAACCACCCUGGAGAUCCUCUCCGUCAUGGUGAGCCUCAUCCUGCUGAUUAUCACCGUCACCUCCUUCUUCAUCUACAGGAAGCUGAAUCUGGAGAAGGAGCUGGCGGCCGAGCUGUGGCGUGUGCGCUGGGAGGACGUCCAGUCCAGCAGCCUGGAGAAACACCUGCGUAGCACCGGGAGCAAACUGACCCUGUCCUUGAGAGGCUCCAACUACGGCUCCCUGCUGACCACGGAGGGGCAGUUCCAGAUCUAUGCCAAGACGGCCUAUUACAAGGGGAACAUCGUGGCGGUGAAGCACAUCAAUCGGAAGAGAAUCGAGCUGACGCGGAAGGUGCUGUUUGAGCUGAAACACAUCAGGGACGUCCAGAACGAACACCUGACCCGCUUCGUCGGAGCCUGCACGGACCCCCCAAACAUCUGCAUCCUGACGGAGUACUGCCCACGCGGAAGCCUCCAGGACAUCCUGGAAAACGAGAGCAUCACGCUGGACUGGAUGUUCCGGUACUCGCUCACCACUGACAUCGUCAAGGGGAUGCUGUUCCUGCACAACGGGGUGAUCGUCUCCCAUGGCAACCUCAAGUCCUCCAACUGCGUGGUGGACAGCCGCUUCGUGCUCAAGAUCACGGACUACGGGCUGGAGAGCUUCCGCCAGGCCCCCGACUCCGACGACUCCCACGCGCUCUUCGCCAGUGAGGGCCGCGGCGCCCCGGGGGCCCCUGGAAACGAGAAGCUGUGGACGGCGCCCGAGCUGCUGCGCAUGGAGGUGCCCCUGGCCCGGGGCACCCAGAAAGGCGACGUAUACAGCUUUGGGAUCAUCCUGCAGGAGAUAGCCUUGCGCAACGGGGUCUUCUACGUGGAGGGGAUGGACCUGAGCCCCAAAGAGAUCAUCGAGCGGGUGAAGAGCGGCAAGCGCCCCUACUUCCGGCCCUCCGUGAACGUGGCCUGCCACAUCGAGGAGUUGGGGCAGCUCAUGCAGCACUGCUGGGCCGAGGACGUGCUGGAGCGGCCGGACUUCAACCAGAUCAAGGUCCUGCUCCGCAAGUUCAACAGGGAGAACACCAGCAACAUCCUGGACAACCUGCUGUCGCGCAUGGAGCAGUACGCCAACAACCUGGAGGAGCUGGUGGAGGAGCGGACGCAGGCCUACCUGGAGGAGAAGCGCAAGGCCGAGACCCUGCUCUACCAGAUCCUGCCCCACCCUGUGGCCGAGCAGCUGAAGCGCGGGGAGACGGUGCAGGCCGAGGCCUUUGACAACGUCACCAUCUACUUCAGCGACAUCGUGGGGUUCACAGCCCUGUCGGCAGAGAGCACCCCCAUGCAGGUAACCGGGGGGGCGGGGUGAGAGCUGCCCCCCCCA